AAAACUUUAUUCUUCAAAUUCGGUGCUCAUUGGGGAAUGAAUAACAAACACUAAUAUAAAUUAUUUCAGGAAAAAAAAACACAAAUAAAAUAAUUCCACCCGCUGCGCCGAAUUCCAGAAAUGGCGUAAAAUUGCUGCUCAUAACUGCUCAUAACUGACAGCUGAAAGCAACGUAGCACCGCCACCCCCUCCUGAGCUCCUAUUGAAGAACCCAAAUUUAAAACCCUAGAUCAGUGAUUAUUGCAAUUAAGCUGUUCCCAUCCCUUGGAAAGUUAGCUCUAUUUCUUGAUUUCAAAAUACACAAUUAGGGUUUGAACUUUGAACCCCUUACCUUUUACAUUUCUCACAUUUUGAGGAAAUACCUAGAGAUUGAUAAAACCCUAGAUCAACUAACCGUAAAUUUGAAUUCCUAUUGAGGUAGGGUUUUCAAAGAAAAUAUUCCAUGGCGAUUAUAGGCAACGCGCUACGGCAAGCUUUUAUGCCGAAGCACGAGUACGAGAGUCUACGGGAGGAAGACAAAAUUUGGACGAGGCUGCAGAAACCGAUCUUAAUAGGCUCCAUUGGGACCAUUUGCAUCGCUGUCUUUGUUUGCACAAUUAUAAGCUUGAAGAUUGUGUUUCCGGAAGAUGCUUUGAAGCGACCGUUUUGCGACGACUGGAGACUGCAGCCUUUGCCAUUGAAUGCGAAAGGAGGAGGCACUGGCGAUUCAGAUCCGUUUCCGGGAGCAUUUUAUUUGACUGAUCAAGAGACUAUUGAUUACUAUUGGAUGGUUGUGUUUAUUCCAUCUGCGGUCAUUUUCUUAGCUUCGGUUGCAUAUCUUGUAGCAGGAAUUACCGUUGCUUAUUCUGCUCCAAAUAGGCAUGGAUGUUUGAAGGUGGUUGAGAAUAAUUACUGUGCUUCAAAAAGGGGUGGAGUUCGCUGCCUGUCCAUUUUGAAUGCAGUUUUUGCUGUCAUCUUUGGUCUUCUUGCUUUGUUUUUGGGUUCAAGCCUCCUCACGCUAGGGAGCAACUGCUCUUUGCCCUUGUUUUGGUGCUAUGAGAUUGCUGCGUGGGGGCUGGUGGUUCUAUAUGGAGGAACUGCCUUCUUCUUAAGAAGGAGAGCAGCUAUAAUUCUCGAUGAAGGAGAAUUCGGCAGUCGAACUCUUGGUUUAGAAAUGUCGGAGGCUAACCCCUUAGAAGUCACCCCUGAUGUGGAAAGGUGUGUUAAUGAAGGCUUCAAAGCAUGGAUGGGAUCAUCCCUCCUAUCAUCUGACGAAGAAGAUGAAACUGAGAGUUAUCACGAAGCGCCUCUUAUAACACACACAGGUUCUAACAGGCAGAGAGUGUGAUCUUGUAUCAGCUCACCAGUGUGGGGAAAUUUUUCGUUACUUCGCCAUCAUAGGAAGAUGGGUUCAAUUUCAGAGUAUGAAAGUUCGAGCUCAAGGUUGCUCACUGAACAAGAAGAGUUUAACCACUGUGAUAAUUAUGAUGUUCGGUUGAUUAAGCUGCCCAUCGCAUCUCUCUUCAUAGGUGACUUUCAUAGCUUGUGUGAAUAAUUAGCCACAGUGAGGCAUUGUCGUUUUAUGUUUUGAGCUAUAUGCGUUUUAACGUUUAACUACACUUUAUUGUAUAGCUUAGGCACUUCCUGAAAUCAAACCAGCCAUUCAAAGUUAUUCAGAUGACAGUUUGGUGCUUAUAUCACACUUCAUCGGUGUGAAUUUCAGUA